CGUGUUAAGUUUACCAACAUGGGACAAAGCCUGCUGAACCUUGUGAUGGUUUGAAAUUGUCUUCCUUCUGAGUACACGGUGAUCAACGAGGACUGCCCGGGCGCCGAGUGGAACAUCAUGUGCCGGGAGUGCUGCGAGUACGACCAGAUCGAGUGUGUGUGCCCGGGGCGCCAGGAGAAAGUGGGCUACACCAUUCCCUGCUGCAGGAAUGAGGACAACGAGUGUGACUCCUGCUUGAUCCACCCAGGCUGCACCAUUUUUGAGAACUGCAAGUCCUGCCGCAACGGCUCCUGGGGAGGGACCCUGGAUGACUUCUACAUCAAGGGCAUCUACUGCGCAGAGUGCAGAGCCGGCUGGUACGGAGGGGACUGCAUGAGGUGUGGGCAGGUUCUUAGGGCUUCUAGAGGGCACAUUCUGCUGGAGGGGUACCCCCUGAACGCACGAUGUGAAUGGACUGUUCACGUUCGAGCUGGAUUUAACAUUGAAUUAAGGUUCUCCAUGCUGAGCCUGGAGUUUGACUACAUGUGCCAGUAUGACUAUGUGGAGGUGCGUGACGGGGACAACCUGGACAGCAGAAUCAUCAAGAAGUUCUGUGGCAACGAGAGGCCGCCGCCCAUCCGAAGCACCGGCUCUGCCCUCCACGUCCUCUUCCAGUCUGAUGGAUCCAAGAACUUUGAUGGAUUCCAUGCUGUCUUUGAAGAAAUCACAGCCUGUUCCUCAUCUCCAUGCCUCCAUGAUGGGACAUGCAUCCUGGACAAAAGUGGUGCCUACAGAUGUGCCUGCCUGGCUGGCUUCACCGGGAACCGCUGUGAGAGCUUUCUAGAUGAAAAAACCUGCUCAGAUCCUGGGGGCCCACUCAAUGGCUACAGAAGAGUGUUAGAAGAGACCGGGCUCAUAAAUGGGCGCUAUGCAAAGAUUGGCACAGUCCUUGCUUUCUUCUGUAACAACUCCUAUGUGCUUAGUGGGAAUGAGCAGAGGACCUGCCAAGAUAAUGGAGAAUGGUCAGGGAAGCAGCCCAUCUGCAUCAAAGCCUGCAGAGAGCCAAAGAUCUCUGACCUGGUGAGACAGAAAGUGCUUCCAAUGCAGGUUCAGUCCAGGGAAACACCUCUGCAUCAGCUUUACUCAUCUGCAUUCAGCAAACAGAAGCUCCAGCUGUACCCAACCAAGAAGCCAGCGCUGCCCUUCGGGGAGCUGCCACCAGGGUACCAGCACCUGCACACCCAGCUGCAGUAUGAGUGCAUCUCCCCUUUCUACCGCCGCCUGGGCAGCAGCAGGAGGACCUGUCUGAAGACAGGAAAAUGGAGCGGGAGAGCACCUGUGUGCAUUCCAAUCUGUGGGAAAGCAGAGAACGUCACCCUUCAGAAGACUUCGACCCCUACCAGGUGGCCCUGGCAAGCAGCGAUCUACCGUGCGGCCAGCGAGGGGAAGGAGAACAGCCUGCGGAAAGGGGCCUGGAUCCUCAUCUGCAGCGGGGCCCUGGUCAACGAGCGCACUGUGGUGGUGGCAGCUCACUGUGUCACCGACCUGGGCAAGGCCAUCGUGCUCAAGACAGCAGAGCUCAAGGUGGUUCUGGGCAAAUUCUACAGAGAUGAUGACAGGGACGAGAAGAGCAUCCAGAACCUGCGGAUCUCUGCCAUCAUAGUGCAUCCCAACUACGACCCUAUACUACUUGACUCUGACAUAGCCAUCAUAAAGCUCUUGGACAAAGCCAGAAUCAGCAGUCGUGUUCAACCCAUUUGCUUGUCAUCUUCUCAAGACUUGGUUUCCCCUCCAGAGGAUUUAAGGAUAAUGGUGACUGGCUGGAAGGUGCUGGCUGAGGCCCGGGACGCAGGGUACAAGAACGACACGAUCCGCAUGGGAGCCGUUCGGAUGGUGGAUUCCCUGCUGUGUGAGCAGCAGUAUGAGGAGAAUGGGAUACAAGUCAGCAUCACUGACAGCAUGUUCUGUGCCAGACAAGACCACACAGCCUUCUCCAAUAUUUGCCCUGCUGAGACCGGUGGGAUCGCAGCCAUCACUUUGCCAGGAAAAGCGUCUCCUGAGCUCAGGUGGCACCUGAUGGGAUUAGUGAGCUGGGGUUACGAUAAAACCUGCAGCCUGGAACUCUACAGUGGCUACACCAAAGCUCUUCCCUUCAAAGACUGGAUUGAGAAGAACCUAAAAUAA